AUGUAUAUGAAGACUCUAUCUGUGCUCGCCCUAGUUGGCGCUGCCCAGGCUCACAUGAGCUUGUUCUACCCACCCCCGCUAGGCGGAGCUCCAUCCAUCAACCCCCAGUCAACCGAAAUCGAUCCCGAGUUCAACUUCCCGCUUGGAUGCUGCGGUCCUGAUGGAGGUGAUAGCAGGCCUUCUCCAGGCCCCUGCCGCGGUCACCUUGACAAGUUCGAUACCGAGAAGGCAUCGGUCACAUGGCAGUCUGGUCAAGACGCCUACUUCCAGCUCACCAGUUUCGACUACGACAAGGCCGCUCCCGGCGGAACUCACUAUGGCGGAUCCUGCCAGGUUGGAUUUUCCACGGACAAGGGCAAGAGCUGGAAAUUGGCUGCUUCGUAUCACGGUGCUUGCCCGCAUGCUACCGAAGAUGGUUCACCUGAGGCCCAGACCUUUGACUUCAAGGUCCCUACCAACAUGCCUGAAGGCGACGCCUUGUUUGUCUGGAUCUGGCUGAACCGUGAGCACGAGAGCUUUGAGUCUUGCAGUAAGGUUCACAUUGGCGGUGGGGGAUCAGGCGACAGCACUGAGCCUACCAAGCCCUCCCCAUCAGCAUCUCAGCCUGAGGAGCCAGCAUACUCUGCCACUUCACCCAAGGAGACACCUCAUCCUGAGACGCCCCAGCCUGAGACAACCCAGCCACCCAGCUACGAGAAGGAACCCGCUGGCGACAACAGCAACAACGAAGGCAACGGCAAUGUCGUCACCGUAACCACCGUAGUCGCAACCACCAUCUACAAGUACGAAGCCGCCGAAACCGCUACUCCCAACUCCCCCUCGCGCAACUGGGGCCGCGCCCACCCAGCUGUCAAGCCCAACACGCGCCGCUACCAAGUCGACGGCUCCCGCUGCGACUGCACCCGCGACGCCCUCACCCUUGCCGCUCGCUGCUUCUGCGACUCCCCCGAAAAAUCAAUCGAGCGCAAGGCCCUGCGUCUGCACCGCCGCACCUUCUACAAGCGCACCGACGCCUGCGACUGGAACUCUGCGCCCGCCAUGGAGACUUCGUACUACACUAUCGAUGCUAACUGUGCUGCUGGCGCCAAGGACCGCAUGCCCGAGAGUGACAAGUUCGAGCUCGGUUGGGAUGUCCCCUGUGGUGUUGUCGAGGGAGAGAGUGAGUAUGAGAUCAAGACUAUGACUUGUGAUAUGUAUGGUUAA